GUAAAACUGAUAAAUUUCGCAUGACACUGUCAUCAUUGUCAUUUGAGAUUAGGGAUUUUCGAUACAAGUUUUAAAAAAAUCAAUAUUAUUAAAUUUUUUCUUCACGAUGAUCAGCACAAGAGCGAAAUCGCCCACACGCGCGGAGGCCAUUGCCAAGGCUUUGAAACCGGGACCGACGUAUGAUACUGGCGUACUUUUAGGUAACUGGGUAGAAGACAGGAUCGAAUGCCCAAAAGGCGGCACUUUCUAUUUUCCACCAAAAGAGGAAAUUGAUUACGACAAAAUGAAACCCGAAUCACGGCAACCAGAUUUCCGACUGAAUAAAUUGAAUAGUUUACAGGGUAGCGUUUACUCAAUAAUCCGCCACGACAGCCACGACUCUUGCGGCAACUACGUCACCACCAAUGAUCUUGUUUAUAACCAUUUGCCGAAGCCUCUCUGCGGCCCGAACCAACGUUACUAUAAGAGAUGUGCUCACCAGUUCUACCCCCAACCGGAUCUUAUGAAGUGCUUCGGAAAUGUCACCGAGUGGGGUUUGAGGAAGUAUAAGCAAUAUGAGUGGGCUUGCACAGACGUCUCGGAUUAUAUAUCUUCGUUUUAUGAAGACACGUAUGUGCCGCCGCGACUCCACCAGUAUCUACAGCGGUGCGAGAGGAGAGCGAGAGAUUCGAGUUUCACAAAAAGUUUUCGAUUUAAGAUGACAAAAUCAAAAUCAUGAUAACAUCAAGAACCAUUUUCUUCACUUUAUGCAAAAAUUACUAGUCUUUAUAAUAUCACAUUUUG